AUGAAUUCCUCAAUCCAAACUGAAAUAGGUAGGUAUACAGACAUAAAUCACAUUUUUGAGACUGUUUAGAAGAGAGGCUAUCUAACUUAAUUGACUACAUUUUUGGAGGAAGUCUUUACAAAUGAAAUAAACUUUGCAUCUUAAAGUAAUAUAAUAUUUGUAUCAUUUUUAAAAGGACUUAAAGAAGUGAUUAGUGCAAUGUAAAGAUAGGGAUAGAAGGUAGAAUACUCAAUUCAAUUAAAUCGAAAUAUUCAAAUUUUUAAGAGCAAUUUUGAUUUAAUUUUAACUGCUACAUCAAACAAUGUAUGGAAUCAAAUAGUUAAUUCAAUGAAUUUGAUAUCAGAUGAAACAUUUUAAUUAAAUAAUAACAAAUCUGAAAUCAUAUCCCCAGUUUCAAGAAAAAUAGAGAGAUAAUCAGAACCUGAUCUUAAAAAAAUGACAAUGAGUCAAUCUUAUGUAAGUAGAUCACCUAGUAAAAUAUCAACUAUUAAACAAUAAUAAACAAUUCCUUUGAGUGAGAUGUCAAUAUAAAUGAGAGGAUCUCCAACAACUUUCAAUAAAGCUAAAAGAUAAUUAGAUAAUAGUUUAACAACAAGUUCUCCUGGAGUAGGAAGAUAUAGAACAGAAGGAGCAUAAAAACGUAUUUUUUAAUUUUUAUACUUCUAGAUAUCAGAGAGACAUCUCCAAAUGCUACUAUAGGAAAAUCAGCUAAAAUUAGUUGGAUAGAUGAAAAACUGUAAAAAGAAGAUGCUCAUUCUCCAGGACCUAUAUAUAACCCAGUAAAAACAUUCUGUUCUAAACGUGUUAAAUGAUU